GGGGUGGCAGUAGCCGUACAAUGAGAAGGGAACUUAAUCGUUGGGCAAUCGAGUUUUAUAUUUUUAGGCUUCAUUACUAAAGUUGCAUAAAAACCCUCGAUAAAACUAUUAAUGAGGAAGAGGGGAGGAUCCUGUUUCAACGUUGCUGACGUUUUCCUCUGACGGGGCCUGAGAGCAGCGAAUCGAACAAUGUACCUUUAAGAGAAAAGGAAACGAGGAAGUAGCUGUGAUACUUUAAGAAAAGUCCCAAUUCUUAUUCACCAUUCGUUAGCGCUUUGGAUAAAGAGUGUAGGGGUUGUUCUGUUUAGAAGCUGUAGAGGAAUUAAAUUGUGACGGUGAGAGAGCGGCCAAACUUCAGUUUCCAUUUGUUUUGGAGGUGAUAGACUGACCACCCACUCACUGGCCAUGAAAAGUACACCAAACUAUCUCUGGGAAACAGAGGAUUUGCUGGGUCAAGGUGCUACUGCCAGUGUGUACAAAGCCCGCAACAAGAAAUCAGGAGAACUAGUUGCUGUUAAAGUCUUCAACAAUGCCAGUUACCUGAGACCUCAGGAGGUACAGAUAAGAGAAUUUGAAGUCCUAAGAAAGUUAAACCACCAUAACAUUGUCAAACUAUUUGCUGUGGAAGAAAUUGAAAGCAGCAAACAGAAAGUGCUGGUAAUGGAGUACUGCUCAGGUGGGAGCCUGCUGACCUUGUUAGAAGAACCAGAAAAUGCCUUUGGCUUAUCAGAAUCCGAGUUCCUCAUAGUGUUACAUUGUGUAGUGUCUGGCAUGAAUCAUCUUCGUGAGAAUGGGAUUGUUCACAGGGAUAUCAAACCAGGAAACAUCCUGCGUCUCAUUGGAGAAGACAGACAAAGUGUUUACAAACUGACUGAUUUUGGAGCAGCCCGUGAACUGGAUGAUGAUGAAAAGUUUGUGUCAGUUUAUGGGACAGAAGAAUACCUUCAUCCAGAUAUAUAUAAGCGAGCUGUGCUGAAGAAGCCCCAGCAAAGGGCUUAUGGAGCAACUGUAGAUCUGUGGAGUAUUGGAGUAACCUUUUACCAUGCAGCCGCAGGUAGCCUCCCAUUUAUCCCUUUUGGAGGACCUCGCAAGAACAAGGAAAUCAUGUACAAAAUAACAACUGAAAAGCCCGCUGGAGCUAUUGCAGGCAUCCAACAACAAGAGAAUGGGACCAUUGACUGGACCUAUGAGCUACCAAUCACAUGCCGACUUUCUUUUGGACUAAAAAGACUACUUGUCCCCAUCCUGGCAAAUAUUUUGGAGGCUGAUCAAGAGCAUUGCUGGGGCUUUGACCAAUUUUUUGCAGAAACCAAUGACAUCCUACACCGGACAACAAUCCAUGUCUUCUGUUUGCCACAAGCUACCAUGCACUGGGUCUAUAUCCACUCCUAUAACACAGCCACCAUAUUUCUAGAAGAAGUCCUUCGGGAAACAAAUAUAGCUGCCCACCACCAGGAGUACUUCUUUGAGGGCCACUUAUAUGCAUUGGAGCCCAGUCUCCAGGCUCAUAAUUUCCCCAGGACCACAGAAAACUGCCCUCUGAUCAUGCUGAGCACAGAACUGGAAGAUCCAGUGGUGCUGAGGUACAGAGAUCUGGCUUUGGAGUUCCCAAAGUUUCUCCCACAAGUUGAUGUCUUAGCAGAUUGCAGGACAGCAAAGGAUGUUGUGAGUGCAACUUACUACACCUUGAGGGUAGCAUGGUCACUUCUGCAGUGCCAGGAGCUGGUUCUCCGAGGCUUGUAUUGGGUAAGUGAGACCCUGAAGACAGAAUGCCUGCAGAUUCUUGAGAAGAGGCACACCAUGGCAGCAAGACUGACCUUCUUACAGAAACAGGAGAUGAAAACCCUACUGCUGUAUGAAACUGUUGCUGGAGACUGUGAGGCUCCUGAAGCCAAAGGGUUGGCUGAAAUAAAAGCAAAACUUCAAUCUAUUGCUGAAGAUCUUUCCAGAUGUUCCCACAGUGUUUCUGAACACCAAGUAAUUGUAAGGUGUCUUUUAUCUGAAGUGGAAAAGAGAAGGAGUCAAAUGAAAGAUGACAGGAGCAUCCAGAAGAUGGAGGCAUGCCUUGACAAGAUGCAGCUCAUCUACAGCCAGUUCAAGAAGGCCCGGAAGUGUCCACGACUGUUGUACAAUGAACAGCAGAUCCACAAGCUGGAUAAGGUGAACUUGGGACAUUUAGCCAAAAAGGUUCUUUCUAUUUUUCAAGAUGACUGUGCACAGCAAUACCAGGCUGCUCUGUUGGUACAUGGAACCAGAAUGAGGAAGGUGUUUGAGAUGAGGAAACAUUUGAAGAAACUUAACAGAUCAUUAACUGCCUGCAGUGUGGAGAUGUCAGGAUGCCAGGAUGACCUCUAUAAUGUUUUGGAUGAGCUGCCACAGAGAUUCCUUCAGGACAAAAUGACAACUGUUCAUUCUUCACAAGGUUCCUUAAAGCAGAAAAACCAGGCUAUGAUGUCUGGAAUGCAAGAGCUACAAGAACAGAUGAAAAUAGUAGCUAACAAUCUGCAGCUAAACAACAGCAUCAUCCAGAGGUUAAAUGGUUUUACAUCCACACCAGACUUAUAAGGGAAAAAGUAAUUUUCAGAUCCUGAAACAAUAUUGCAUCGUGGACAUAUCAGUUUUCAUCCAGCACUAGAAAUCCGCAGCAUUUUGUCUCAAAUAUACCAAUGUAUUCUACUUCCCUAUUCUAGUAUUUUAAUGUGGCUUCGCUGUACCAUGGAUCUAAUUAAUCUGCAUAGUGUGGUCAUGUUCCCUGAGUUUGAGGUCUGACAAACUUGGAGCAUCCAAGCAAGUGCAUGCUGAGAAAAGAGUGAUUUGCAAAUGCCCAUUUGUCCUACAGCUACAAAAAGCAGGGGAGCCCUCCCAAGUUAGCAAGCUGACUUAUCUGCAGUGUUCGUUAUUCAGAAGUACAAAUACUUAUGUACUUAGUAAGGACAUAGACAUUAAGCUUCUAGGAGCCCAUUUGACCUCAUCAUUUGUCUCACAGUGGGAAUGCUUUUGCAGUGAUUUCCCUGGAGGAAUACGUACAGAAAAUGAAUUGGUUAUUCACCUGGAAACAUAUGCAGGAAAGAUUCUUCAGCAGAAAUACACCAGUAUUCUUAUGUAUUAAGUACUCUGAUAAAGCAACAUGCCAUGUCUUACCAGG